UGCCUCUCUGAAUGAUUGAAGCCAUGCCCAUUGUGUCUGCAAGCACAGGGUUGCAUGAGACCCUGGCCCUGCUCACCUCUCAGCUCCAUCCUGGUGCCAACCAUAAAGAGGACCUGGUCUUCCUCAAAGAUGUCUUCAGUGAGAAAAGCCUUGGUUACCUCAUGAAGAUUCAUGACAAACUGAAGCAAUAUGAGAAGCACAGCCCGACUCCAGUUCUACACAGCGCCACCUGUUUGGCAGAGGAUCUGGCAGAAGAGCUUCAGAACGGGCCGCUGGAGGACGAUGAGAGAGAACUGCUUCUCCUUCUGAGCACUCCCCACCUCAAGGCGGUGCUGUCAGCCCACGACACAGUUGCCCAAAAGAACUUUGACCCGGUGCUGCCGCCAUUGCCGGAGGAUCUGGAUGACGACCUGGAGGAAGAGUCAGUCAAGAUCGUACGCCUGGUGAAGAACAAAGAGCCCCUGGGAGCGACCAUCCGGAGAGACGAGAUGACAGGGGCUGUAAUCGUGGCCAGAAUCAUGAGGGGGGGGGCAGCUGACCGCAGUGGCCUGGUUCAUGUAGGGGAUGAGCUUCGAGAGGUCAAUGGAAACCUGAUAAGCCACAAAAGGCCAGAUGAAAUUAGUCAGAUUCUGUCACAGUCACAAGGCUCCAUCACACUGAAAAUCAUUCCAGCUGUGGUGGAAGAAGACAAACUGAAGGAAAGCCGGGUCUACCUUCGGGCUUUGUUCGACUACACGCCCUAUGAGGACAAGGCUACGCCGUGCCAAGAGGCGGGACUUCCUUUUAAGAGGGGGGACAUACUUCAGGUUGUUAGCCAGGAGGACGCAACCUGGUGGCAGGCCAAGAGGAUUGGUGACUGUAACCUGCGUGCUGCCCUCAUCCCCUCUACACAGUUCCAGGAGAGGCGUCUGCGGUACAGGAUGAAAAUGGGUUCUUUCCCUGCUCCUUUGUCCUCCAAAGCUCCUACGUAUGAUCGUGCUGAGAGAGAAGACUGUGACAGUGAGGGCACUCUAAAUGGAAAGGACACAGUUGGCCUGCGCAGAAGUUUCCGCCUCAGGAAAGAUCGGCACAAUUCACAAGGAGAAACUCCAGAGGCCAAUCACACAGAGUUCCUGAUUUAUGAAGAAGUAACACAAUAUCUGCCCCGUCCUGGUGAAAGGCCUCGCCUUAUAGUACUGUUAGGUUCCCUCGGAGCUCGGAUCACUGAGCUCAAACAGAAGGUGAUUGCUGAAAAUCCUCGACGUUAUGGUUUGGCUGUGCCUCACACUACUCGAGUCAGGAAGUGUAAUGAGAGAGAAGGAGUGGAGUACCACUUCAUCACCAAAGCAGCUUUCGAUGCCGACGUACAGAGUGGCAAGUUUAUUGAGUAUGGGGAGUAUAAAGAUAAUCUGUACGGCACCAGUUUGGAUUCCAUUCACAGGGUUUUGGAUCAAAACAAGGUCUGUCUUGUGGAUGUGCAGCCAGAGGCACUGAGGACUCUACGUACUGCCGAGUUCAAACCGUACGUGAUCUUUGUAAGGCCUCGCAUCUGUGACGGUCAAAGGAAACUGCUUGGCUCCUCUUCCUCGCUCAGCUCAGGUGUCACGGAGGAUGACCUGCAGGAUAUCAAACAGUCAGCUGAGAGGAUCGACAAGUGCUACGGCUCUUGGGCGGACUACGUCUUGGUGAAGGAGGAGCCAGUCAGUGCCUUGGCUGAGCUCCAGGUGGUACUGGAGAGGGUGCAGAUGGAGCGUCAGUGGGUGCCCGUGUCCUGGGUGAGGAGCUAGACUUCUUAACUGUUGGAUCCGUGGACCCUCAGCGUGUGGAGGACAGAUUAAACCGAGUGUUGGAGUCAUCUAGUGUUUACUGCCAUACUUAGCGUUCCACACAUUCAGGUUUGUGACAGUUGGCUGAGUAAAGUCUGUCGCUAAAAUGUCAUCGAUCUGAACAUCAAGCAAGCCUUUCUGUGUUGGAUUUGUCACUAUAACAGCUCUGAUAGGCAUGUAAGCCACAGUCAAAUAUCUGCACUCAGUAUGGUCAACUAUGUAAAAGCAGCUAUAAUGUGAAGUGCCAUGUCAAGAAUUUACAAAGGGUUAUUGUACAAUGGAAUAGUAAAAAUGCAGACCAUCUCCUCACAGAGACUGUACUUGUGUUACUGUUUCCUAACUUGGCUUUGACAAAAGUCUGUAUUAAAAAAGACAA